AUGGAGCUGGCCUCCACUUCUGCAUUAAAACAUGUUUCCUCCCUCUCAGGCUCCUCCCCCUGUUUGGGGGCGGAGUUUCGGUGCCAGAGUGGGCGGUGCCUGCCGGGCUCUUGGCGCUGUAACGGGCAGACUGAGUGCCUGGGGGAGGGGCUGGGGGCGGGGUCCGAUGAGCAGGGGUGUGGCAUCGAGGGGAGGACACGCCCAUGGGCGGGGCGGGCAGGGAGGGCGGGGCCCACCCCGGGGCCCUGUGGAGGGCUCCUGACGGGGUUUUACGGCUGGUUGGCCCCCCCGGCCCUGCUGGGGCCCCCCCUGCGGUGCGUGUGGACUGUGGACCCCCAGGACCCCCGGCCCUGAGCCUCAGACUGCAGAUGCUGGAGCUGGGCCCCCGGAGACACCAUCACCAUCACCGACCACAGACACGGAGAGGGCUCUGUGCUUAAGACUAUCACCUGCGCGUCCAAUUACAAGGUGGUGGAGGUGGAGUCCCGCACCGGCCUCCUGUCCCUGACCUAUCGCAUGCUGAAUGGCUCAGAGGGGCGGGGCUUCAAUGCGACCUAUCGGGUGGGGGGGUACUGCAUGGUGCGGGCGGGGGAGGGGGUGUGUGGGGGCGCGGGGGGCUGCUUCGGGCCGGAGCAGCGGUGUGACGGCCGCUGGGACUGCCCCGAGACGGGGGCGGAUGAGCAGGGCUGCUGGGGCUGCCCCCCCGGGGAGUUCGCCUGCGGGGGGGCUGCUGCCCGCGGGGGCGGGGCCCUGGGCCGGUUGCUAGGACACCCUGUGUGCUUCCCCCCCGGCGAGAGGUGCAACUACCAGCUCUACUGCGCCGACGGGACCGACGAGAAGGCCUGCACCGUCUGCCGGCCCGGAACCUUCCACUGCGACUCCGACAGGUGUGUGUUUGAGAGUUGGCGCUGUGACGGACAGACAGACUGUAAGGAUGGCACAGAUGAGGCCGACUGCACGGUGACCCUGCCUCGCAAGGUCAUCACCGCGGCAACGCUGGGCAGCUUGGUCUGUGGGCUGCUGCUGGUCAUCGCCAUGGGCUGCACCUGCAAACUGUACUCCCUACGUACCCGUGAAUACAGCUUGUUCGCACCAAUCACACGCCAGGAGGCGGAGCUCAUACAGCAGCAGGCCCCACCCUCCUACGGUCAGCUGAUCGCUCAAGGGGUCAUUCCUCCAGUGGAGGACUUCCCCACAGAGAAUCCAAAUGAGCCCUGUGCUCUGUCUCUGCGGGGGCUCCUCCAGCUGCUGGGUCAGGCUCCUGGCUCCGCCUCCCGACGCCAUCGGAGGCCUCGAUUCGUCAGGAGAGGCAUCCGUCGCCUGCGGAGGUGGGGCCUGCUUCCCAGGUCCGCCUCCCGGCCCGCCCAGCCGGCAGGCUCCUCCCCUCAGCAGGCCGAGACCACUCCCACGGGCUCCGAGCCCAGCCAAUCGAGCCCUGGGGGCUCCUCAUUGGCCGGGGAGGGCAGCAGUUCCGCUCUGCCUCAGAAACUGGGCCUGACGCCUCCCAGGCCGCCCGAGGGCCCCCCUGCUGCACCCCCACCACCGGCCCCCCCGCCCCCACCGGCCCCGGCCCCGCCCCCGCCCACCACGGCCCCGCCCCCUCCGGCCCAGGCCCCGCCCCCCAGUAGCCCCCUCCUCGCCUCUCUCUUCCACACCCUCGGACUCAGCAUCUCUCUGUUCCGCCCCUCCUCCUCCCUCCCCCUCUCUUCUGCCUCAUCCUCCUCUUCCUCCGAGGACGAGGUCCUGCUCAUCCCCCUCUCCGAGGACACACCCUCUGACGAGGAUGUGCCCCUGCUCUCCUGAAGCCCUGCUCUCCUGAAGCCCUGCUCUCCUGAAGCCCUGCUCUCCUGAAGCCCUGCUCUCCUGAAGCCCUGCUCUCCUGGCCUUCAGUCUGCUGCUUUUACGUGUGAGUGAGUGAGUGAGUGAGUGAGUGAGUGAGUGAGUGAGUGAGUGAGUGAGUGAGUGAGUGAGUGAGUGAGUGAGUGAGUGAGUGAGUGAGUGAGUGAGUGAGUGAGUGAGUGAGUGAGUGAGUGAGUGAGUGAGUGAGUGAGUGAGUGAGUGAGUGAGUGAGUGAGUGAGUGAGGUUAACUCUUUCUGUAGAUGAUGUGACUGCAGGAGAGGGAAGUCUGCAGGUGUUGUCAUUCUGUAAGGUUCUAAAAGGUUGCUUGAUGUAUUUUUUUUAUAAUUCACAGUAAUUUUAUUAUUAUUUUUGCAGAGUUGCUUUUCAAAUGAUUAUUUGUGCCAGAAAUGUUUUUUCACAACACUGGAGUGUGUGAGUGUGUGAGUGUGUGAGUGUGUGAGCGUGUGUGUGUGUGUGUGAGUGUGUGAGUGUAGAAGAGGAUCACAAUACCCUCAUUUCACACAAUACCCGACUCACACACACACCUCUCUCUGUGGUUUGGUGUGUUUUCUGUUCUGAAUGCAGGCAGGCUGAUGAGCUUUAUAAAGGAGGGGCAAUUUUCACUGUGUAUAAACAAGCAACAGAAUCAACAGAUUAAAUGAUUUGCACUUUUA